GUUCCUUCUUCUUUCUUGUUUAUAUUGUUUAUCAGUAAUCUCUUGUGCUUCAAAACUUAGAACUUUUUUCGGGUUGUUAAGUUUUCCGGGUUGUUUCUUUACUUUGGUGGGUGUGUGUAUAAAUUUGCUGAAGGAAUUGUUGGGGGUGGUUUGGUAGAGAGAGAGGAUAUUAAACCCUGAGAGAUAGUGUUGUCGGCGCAGGGUCACUUUCUGUCGGCAUUGUCUGUAUCCAACGAUGAUUCUCAGUGAUUAUUAAUUUCUAUUAAAUUCUCAAUUCAUUUAUAUUUUUUUAAUUCAAAAGUACAAGCGGAGAUAGGUAGAUGCUUCAGGGAGCGUGAUUCGUUUUCAUUAAACUUGCAGCCCAAAGCUGUCUCUGUGUUGUGUUGUGUUGUUUUGUUUUGGUGUUGUUUCAUUGCUUUUGAUGAUUUGGACCUUCCUCCUCGUUUUUAAAGCCAACUACACCAAUUCCAACAACUUCAACUAUUGCUCCUCAAUUCCUCAUCAUUGCUUUCUCUUCUCUCUGCCCACACCCUUUUCCCUGAUUUCACUCAUUCACUCUAUCUAAUUCUGGGCAUCUCUUGAUUUGUUCCCCCAAGAUCAUAAGAUUUUCCUGUUUCUUUCAAUGUGGCAAUGUGGGUGAUUUUCAAUUUGGGUGAUUCUGCUCCUAGGAGAUCAAUUCAAUUUCUCAUUGCCAAAUGAAGCUGAGGUUUCUGGAGAUCUGGCUGCAUUAUUUCUCUGGGAAUACAGGUCUCAAGCUUCGGACUUUAUUCUGUUUUCCCUAUUUCCAUCAAUGUCUUACCAUUGUUUGUCUGUGAUUUGACUUAAAAAGUAAUAUCGGUUUUUAACCACCAAUUGAAUUGUUGCCGUGUUAGACUGUACUUUAUAUGUCCAAUUGAAUGAUUUUGAUGUGCAUGAUUCGGAUAACUACAAUGUUGAGCGUUUCUAUUUAAUGGGUAUUCAGUAUUACUGAAUGUGAAACGUCCUCAUGCCAGUUGCUUCUUUGCGUUUGGUCUGCUUCCAUCUACAAAGUUUCUUAACAAACGCAAAACAUCAUCUCUGUUCUAUAAGAUUGUCUUCCGCCUGCUAGCUACCAACUUGCUUGCGUUACCUUCACAUCUAUACGAAAUGGAUCAUAUGUUCAAUGUAUAGUCAAUCAAAUCCCAGUUAUACUUUACUGCAUAGCUGAAGUAGUUCCCAUACCAGAUGUCAAGGACUCUUGCAGCAAUAUUAGGAGGUGCUGCAGGAGCCAUGGCAUUGGUGGGGAUAGUUGGCUUGCUUAUAUGGUUCUGCCUAUUUCAUAAACGUGGUGUUUCGAGAAGAUCAGAGACAGGGUCCUCGGAUCCAUCUGUUCAAGGAAGACAUCUUGGGGUUGAGUUAUCAUUACGAGAAGCUAAACGUUUUGAGAUUGAGGAGUUGUCUUCGGCGACCAAAAAUUUUAGUGAUCGAAACCUGAUUGGGGAAGGAAAAUUUGGUGAGGUAUAUAAGGGUUUGCUUCAAGAGGGGAUGCUGGUUGCCAUCAAAAAGCGAGCUGGAGCGUAUAGUCAGGAAUUCAUUGAUGAGGCGUGCUAUCUUUCAUCAAUUCAGCAUCGGAAUCUUGUCACUCUUUUGGGCUACUGCCAGGAAAAUAAUCAACAGUUUCUAAUAUACGAAUAUAUACCCAAUGGAAGCGUUUCCAUUCACUUGUACGGAGCUGGUCAAGUGUCACCUCAGAAGCUAGAAUUCAAGCAUAGACUUUCAAUAGCUCUAGGUGCAGCUAAAGUUAUUGGUCCCUUUGCAGGUUUGGCUCAUCUUCACUCCCUAAGUCCUCGAUUGGUACAUAAAGAUUUCAAAACAGCCAAUGUUCUUGUAGAUGAGAAUUUUAUCGCUAAGGUUGCAGAUGCAGGACUACGUAAUUUCCUGGGAAGAAUUGAUGUUGCUGGUCCUUCUUCUCAAGUGACAGCUGAUGAGAUAUUCCUUGCUCCUGAGGUGAGGGAGUUUAGACGUUUUUCUGAAAAAAGUGAUGUAUAUAGUUUUGGAGUAUUCCUUUUGGAGUUAGUAAGCGGACGGGAAGCAUCAGAAUUACCAUCUUCAGACUCCACAGAGAACCUCGUUGAGUGGGUGCAAAAUAGUCAGGACUAUAGCAACAUUUCCAGCAUGAUCGAUCAGAGGUUGGGGAGUAGCUUCACAGGUGAAGGCAUGGAAGAAUUCAUAAAGUUAAUGGUCCGAUGCGUGGAACCUUCGAGCGAGAGGAGACCUGCAAUGAGCUAUGUGGUAAUGGAACUGGAUAGGAUACUCGAUAAAGAGAUGAGCUUGACAACAGUGAUGGGGGAAGGAACCCCAACUGUGACCCUUGGGAGCCAGCUCUUCAGAGCAACAAAAUAAAAAAAAAAAGAAAAAAAGGAAAGCUGUGUUUGCCGCCAAAUUGUGAGAGUGUGAUAUUGGUGAAGUAGAAAUUUUUGCAUUGUCUUUUUCCUUUGGGAAAACUUAGAGAGGAGAAUCAGCUGUUUGCUAAGUGUAUAAAGAACAGCUGUUAUUAAUUUUUUCAUUUUUUUUUUCUUUUUUACCAUCAUAAAAUGCAUGAGAAAUCUUGUUGUAAACCAUUAUUUGUUGUUAAUAGCAAAGUGCUGGUGUGAUUUAUACCUUC